CCUGUAUCAAUUUGGGGAGAUGCCCUUUCGGCCCUCGUAUCUCUACCACGUAGCCUUUAACCUUUUCUAGUCACGUGAUUCUCUAAACCUCGCCAAAGCUUUGCCAGCUUCAACCUUUUCUGCCUCCAUUAGUUCUCUAUCCCCUUUCCUUUCAUCAUCUUCUGAGUUUCCUUCUUUGCUCCGAGAUUGUUUUUGUUCCAUUUCUAAUACAAGCUGAGAUGGCUUCAACCACUCUAAUCUGCGACACCGAGCCAUGGAAGGACUUGAAGGCUCAUGUCGAGGAUUUGAAGAACACUCAUCUUCGUGAUUUGAUGAACGACAAAGAGCGAUGCCAGUCGAUGAUGGUUGAGUUCGAUGGAAUGCUUUUGGACUACUCAAGGCAACGCGCCACUCUUGAGACCAUGGAUAAGCUCUAUAAAUUAGCAGAGUUUCAGGCAGCAUCUCUCAAACAACAAAUCAACCGAAUGUACAGCGGUGAGCAUAUAAAUAGCACAGAGAAUAGGUCAGUGCUUCAUGUAGCUCUCCGAGCACCGAGGGAUGCUGUUAUAUACAGUGAUGGGAAGAAUGUGGUGCCGGAUGUUUGGAAUGUUCUGGAUAAGAUCAAGGCUUUUUCAGAGAAAGUUCGCAGUGGCUCCUGGGUUGGAGCUACUGGAAAACCACUGAAGGAUGUUAUUGCAAUCGGUAUUGGUGGCAGUUUCUUAGGUCCUUUAUUUGUGCAUACUGCCCUCCAAACAGACCCUGAGGCUGCUGAAUUUGCAAAAGAACGGCAACUACGUUUCCUUGCAAAUGUGGAUCCUAUCGAUGUCGCUAGAAACAUUGCAGGAUUAAACCCUGAAACCACUCUUGUUGUGGUGGUUUCAAAGACUUUCACAACAGCAGAAACUAUGUUGAAUGCUCGAACAUUAAGGGAAUGGAUUUCAUCUGCUCUUGGGCCUUCUGCAGUUGCAAAGCACAUGGUGGCAGUCAGUACUAAUCUAACGCUUGUUGAAAAGUUUGGCAUUGAUACUAAUAAUGCAUUUGCAUUCUGGGAUUGGGUUGGUGGUCGUUACAGUGUUUGCAGUGCCGUUGGAGUAUUGCCUUUAUCUCUGCAGUAUGGUUUCCCAAUUAUAGAAAAGUUCUUAAAGGGGGCUUCAAGUAUUGAUCAGCAUUUCUGUUCAGCUCCUUUUGAGAAUAAUAUACCUGUGCUGUUGGGUUUGCUCAGUGUAUGGAACGUUUCAUUUCUUGGCUAUCCUGCAAGAGCCAUUUUACCUUACUCCCAGGCCCUGGAGAAAUUUGCUCCGCAUAUUCAACAGGUCAGCAUGGAGAGUAAUGGCAAGGGGGUGUCAAUUGAUGGCGUGCCACUUCCUUAUGAGGCUGGUGAAAUUGAUUUUGGUGAACCUGGAACAAAUGGCCAGCACAGCUUUUAUCAACUAAUUCACCAGGGACGUGUAAUUCCAUGUGAUUUCAUUGGUAUUGUGAAGAGCCAGCAGCCUGUGUACCUUAAAGGUGAAGUGGUGAGCAACCAUGAUGAGCUCAUGUCCAACUUUUUUGCACAGCCAGAUGCCCUUGCAUAUGGGAAGACAGCAGAGCAGUUGCUGAAGGAGAAUGUUCCACAGCAUCUAAUUCCUCACAAGACAUUCUCUGGGAAUCGGCCUUCUCUCAGUCUCUUGCUUCCAUCUCUGAAUGCUUACAAUAUUGGGCAGCUGUUGGCAAGCUAUGAACAUAGAAUUGCUGUGGAAGGUUUUGUUUGGGGCAUUAAUUCUUUUGACCAGUGGGGAGUUGAGUUAGGGAAGUCACUAGCUACUCAAGUACGAAAACAGCUUCAUGCAUCACGUACAAAAGGAGAUCCUGUCGAGGGCUUUAAUUUCAGUACGACCACGUUGUUAACCAGAUAUCUAGAGGCAAGCUCUGAUAUCCCAGCUGACCCACCUACUAUUCUACCUCGGAUAUAACUGCCUUGAUGCAUUGGCUCUAUGGAAACAUCCCCUGCACUAUAUAGCUUCAUCUGUACCUGUCCUGCUUGAAAUUUUUCCCGUUUGUUUUUUGGUGUAUACGAAAUUCCAUUGAACCUUUUGGGUUAUAAAUUGGAUGUAAUAAAUCUACAACGUUAGAUUGUGGAAUAUUUACUUGAGGCUGCCAAUAACAGUUUCAAAAUCUUCUAAAGAAUAGUUUGAAUAA